CUUUAAAAACUUAAGAAAUGGAUUUUAAUAUCCUAAUUUUAAAUAAAUAAUAUAUAAGAAUAAAAUAGAAUUAAUGGAAGAGACAUUAGCGGAUACUUCAAACUUGAAUAAACAUAAUGAACGAAUGCUUCGUUCUCGAUAUUUAAGAUCAAAUCUAUCAUUGGAUGCACGUAAUAAACCACGUGUUUUAUUACGUAUUAUUCGUAGAUCUUAUAAUAGUCUUCAUCUUAUGAUUAAAAUGGAGGUAAAUGAAUUACGUAAACGUUUAAGACAAAAAGAGAGGAUUGAAAGGCCAUUUGGAGGGUUAUUAUCAGCUGAAGAAGCAGAUACGUCUAAAACAAUACCAAAUAAUGAAGAUCGAGAGGUUUUUAUGGAGGCGAGUCGUAAGGCAGAGGCACGUCGAGCUAGAGAACGUCGUGCCAUGGGCGAUACAAAUUCAUCAGAAGGAAUUAUACAGUCAAUUCAAUUUGGUAAUUUUGAAAUAGAUGCAUGGUAUGCUUCACCAUAUCCAGAGGAAUAUAGUCAUAAUAAAAUCCUUUAUAUUUGUGAGUUUUGUCUUAAAUAUAUGAAUAGUGAAUAUGUAUCUUGGAGGCAUCGAUUAAAAUGUCCAAUGAAAUGUCCGCCUGGGGAUGAAAUAUAUAGGGACGGGACUCUUUCAGUAUUUGAAGUGGAUGGACGAAAAAGCACUAUAUAUUGUCAGAAUUUAUGUUUGCUGUCAAAGAUGUUCUUACAGUCUAAAACGUUGUAUUAUGACAUCGAACCAUUUUUAUUUUAUAUUGUUACAGAAUAUGAUGAUAUUGGGUGUCAUUUUGUAGGAUAUUUUUCAAAAGAAAAAAGAUCGAAUAGUGAUUAUAAUGUUUCAUGUAUUUUGACGCUUCCUAUUUAUCAAAGGAAAGGAUAUGGGAAUUUUUUAAUUGAAUUUAGCUAUCUUUUAAGUAAACGAGAGGGUAAGAUAGGGACACCAGAAAAGCCAUUAUCAUAUUUGGGAUUAGUAUCAUAUCGAAAUUAUUGGAAAAUUAAAAUGUGUUAUGAAUUGUGUAAUCUAAAGAAGCCAACAAGUAUACAAGAAAUUUCUAAAAGAACUUCAAUGACGCCAGAUGAUAUAAUAUCAGCGUUAGAACGAUUGGAUGCUUUAGUACAUGAUCCGAUUUCGAAGAUAUUUGCAAUUAAAGUAGAUCAAAAUAAACUUCAAGAUAUAUGUAAUAAAUGGGUUCAAAAAGGAUAUCAGCCUGUCAAGCCAGAUUGUUUAAAAUGGGUUCCAUUUCUUCAAGGUAAUUUAUCGGAUCUAAAAGAAUCAAUUAAUAUAUCAUCAUUACCACCAACGCAUCAAAAAUUUGAUGUUAAUAUGAAUAAUGAUUCUGAAGGAAUGGAAAAAAACAUGACUUGCCAAUCAAAUGGUGUUUUUGGAGAAAUAAAAAAUAAAAUGGAAUGCUCCACGUUGUUUCACGAGUCUUCAUCUGUUGGUAAUACUGAUUUAUCUUUUUCAAUGAAUAAUAUUCCCAUUAAAACUAAAAACAUUUCUAAAGAUGCAUUGGAUAUGUUCAUUCCUGAUUCUCGUUUUCUACCGGUUACUUCGAUUUUUCAUCAAAAAAGUGCAUGUAAACGGGGAAGACCUCUUGGAAAAACUAAUCGAAAAUUGAAUAUUCUUUCAUCAACACUUACGGCUUCAAAAGAAUCUUCUCUUGAAUUUCGUGAUAAAAUUCAAAAAUCUUAUGAUGGAUUGGAUUUAUAUAAUGCUUUAGACAAUUCAAAUUUGCCCGAUUAAUUUUUCGAAGACUUUUUUAAAGAAUAAUCUUAUAACUUAUAGAAUUAUUGAAAAAAAAAGAAUUCUAGACUUAAUUCUUAAUAUUCUUUUUUAUUUCGGUUUGUGUCUUCUUCCUUUUCAAUAAUUUUUUAUCUUCAUAUGCUUUUUUAAGAUAUUCUUGAAUCUUAUACAACUGAGCAUUAAUAUUUGCAUUUCGAAAUGUUAAUUGCGUUUCAAGCGAUUCAUUUACAUUAUUUUCAGCUGGAUUAUCAAUAUUAAUUCUUCUAGACGUUUGUAAAUAUUCUGAAAGAAAUGUAAUCGAAUUUGAAAUAUUUAAACGUGCAAAAGAAAUAACAUUAAGUGUUGGUGAAACUGAAAAAGAUUCAAGUAACAUCAAAAUA